AAGCUCGACGCAUUGCGUUAUACGCUAUCCGUCUCUUUCUCGCUCGCUCGCUCGCUCGCUGGCUCGCUCACUCCGAUGGUCGUUUCUAUUCCUGGAGCAGCACCCUGAGUGUCGAGCAGCGCGAGCAGCGCGAGCAGCGCGGAGCGCUAGUUGGCCGCCGACGCUCCGUCGAACUCGACGAGUCCGCUGUGGUGCAUCGUGCGACCGACGACGCCCGUCUCCAGCAAAUUGAGCUCGGACUCGGCAAACUGCAGUCAGUCGGAAGAGAAAAGGAAGGAGGGCGCGGCCAGUGCAGGCAAAAUGCGCAGCAAGGGCGCGGGCAGGCAGCGCGUCUGAGCGAGACACUGGGCCGGAAGAUGCCGCCGAGGAGGCUGGCGACGGAGGGAUGAGCGGACGAGGGCAGCAUGACUGGUCGGUCGGCCGGGCGCGGCCGGUCCGCCAGAUGACGCCGAGCGGCAAGCAUGCCGCGCGCUCCUGGUCCCGGUCGUCGGGUGACGAGAGAUCGGGCCGCCGGCAGCUCGGCCGGAGGACGACGCACCGCCGCCGCCGCUGAUCCAAGCCUGCAAGAUGUUGGACAUAUUCCGCGGCCUCAAGAGCCUCAUCAAAGUAUCGCACAUACACAUCGACACCGCGGUCUUCCGGCUGCACUACAGCCUGACGGUCAUCCUGCUGAUCGCCUUCUCGCUGAUCGUCACCACCAGGCAGUACGUCGGCAACCCCAUCGACUGCAUACACAGCAAGGACCUGCCCGAGGACGUGCUCAACACGUACUGCUGGAUACACAGCACCUACACCAUCACCGCCGCCUACAGGAAGAAGGAGGGCAUCGACGUGCCCUUCCCCGGCGUUGACAACUCCAAGUCCUACCCCGACACCGAGCGCAAGGAGUAUCGCUAUUACCAGUGGGUCUGCUUCAUGCUCUUCCUGCAGGCGAUCCUGUUCUACACGCCGCGCUGGCUGUGGAAGGGCUGGGAGGGCGGCAAGAUCCACGCGCUGAUGAUGGACCUUGACAUCGGGCUGUGCAGCGAGGUGGAGAAGAAGCAGAAGAAGAAGAUGCUGCUGGACUACCUGUGGGAGAACCUGCGCUACCACAACUGGUGGGCCUACAGGUACUACCUGUGCGAGGUGCUGGCCCUGCUGAACGUCAUCGGCCAGAUGUUCCUGAUGAACCGGUUCUUCGACGGCGCCUUCCUCACCUUCGGCAUCGACGUGCUGCGCUUCCUCGAGAGCGACCAGGAGGACCGCAUCGACCCGAUGAUCUACGUGUUCCCCCGAAUGACCAAGUGCACCUUCUACAAGUACGGCGUGAGCGGCGAGGUGGAGCGCCACGACGCCGUCUGCAUUCUGCCGCUGAACGUGGUCAACGAGAAGAUCUACGUGUUCCUCUGGUUUUGGUUCCUGUUCCUGGGCGUGCUCAGCCUGCUGACCGUCAUCUACCGGAUCGUCAUCAUCUUCUCGCCGCGGACGCGGGUCUACCUGCUGCGGCUGCGCUUCCGGCUGGUGCGCCGCGAGGCCGUCGAGACGAUAGUCCGGCGCAGCAAGGUCGGCGACUGGUUCCUGCUCUACAUGCUGGGCGAGAACCUCGACACCGUCAUCUAUCGGGACGUCAUGCACGAGUUCGCCAAUCGGCUGGCCUCCAGGCACCACCAUAGCGUGCCGGGCGUCAAGGGCGAGCUGCAGGAGGCCUGAGACCCUCCGGCCGCCAUGGCAGCUAGCCGAGCGGAUUAGCCGUUUGUGCUGCGACCUACGCGUUCGGCCUCCUCGUCGGGUCGGUCUCCUCGUCGGCCUCCUCGUGGCUGUCUGAGCCGGGCUAGCGCCAGCUCUGCUCGCCUCGAUCUCGUUCUACUGUUACUGUUUGCUGUUCGGUUGCUUCUUCGACGGUCCGCAUUUUCCUUGGUUCCUCAACUCGGCCAUCGCAGACGCAGCUAUACCGACGCUAUAGUCUCUGCCGAACGAGAGUCGAGACAAAUCGUCAGCUGACUGACUGGUGUCUCUUCAUUUUGCGGUUUUCGAUCCGCAUGUCGUGGUCGCUCGAACCAAAUAUUGUACACAAGCCGCUCUUCGAGUGUGCACGCCCGCGGCGCUGCUGCUGAAUCGCGGGCUUCGCGUUAAUGGGGCCAAAAGCAGUCUGAGCCAAUAGUAAUAAUGAUAAUAAUUAAAGCAAUAAUAACGACAUUAAUAAUUAAUAACAUAAUCAUAAAAAUUAUAACGAUAGCCGUAAUUAUAUAUUAACAAUAAUGUAGUAUUAAUGAUCAUGUUAACGAUGAAAUGGUCAAGUAGCGAACGGCGUAGGGGAAUAUACGAGGAAAAAGUUUGGAAUAGUCGAGUUUGAUGAGGCAAGGUGGACGGUUACUUAGCUGAAGGCUGCGCGAAGAUGGAGAAGGUGCUCUGCGCCCAGUAGUGAGCGUCGAACGGGGACGCGAGCGGCUCUCAAAUGUAUGUGUAUACGCGUGGCUGUGGUCUCAUUGUAAUGACAACUAGUGGAGCGCGUCGCAAGCUAGAUUAUAACGCGUACAACGAACGAAUAUACACAUAGGGGAUGCCAUAGUGCGAGUGCGCUGACGAGCGUGGAGCUGUAAUCGAAUUAAGCAGUUGCCUAGUUGUGUUUCUUUUGAAAGAUUGCAGCGUUAUGCAGCGCGCAGUUAUGUAAAACGCGGGAAUGAAAGCUUACGUAAAAGGGCUGCGGCAUUCUAAUGAAAAUAUCUAAUUCACGGUCAGUUUUCUGUCGCGUCAAAUUGAAAAAUACCCAGCAAGCCAAAUGCAAAUGAUCGACGUGCACGUGUCAGUGAGGGCGUCGUCCGCGCAACUACUGAUACACGAGAGGCCUCGAUCGAGUCUAUGUCGGCGAUUCGCGGCCCAACUACAAUCUAGCGGAUUCCGUCGCGGACGUACCGCUAGAGCCCAUCAGUCGACGAGGACAAUGUCGAAGAAUCAAGUUACGCGACAGAAUCAUAUCGAUGAAUUGUAAGCCAAGCGCGUGUAAUGACGGCGUACAUUAGUAAUACAAGUACGCUGUGCAUCUGUCAAGCUCGCAGCUGCCGAGGUAACGCAAAGAGUAAACAUUAGCAAGCAACUUGAAGAAUCGACCGAGCAGAUGUAUUGUCGAAUGUUGUAGAAAGCGCCUUAAUUCGAUAACGACAUUGACACCUGUGCCUUGUAGCUCGUUGUCUUUACGCGUAACUUGACUCGGCUUCGUAUUCAACGUAAUUGUAUUCGUUAGUCAUUGUACUGCCUUCGAAUUUCGCCUUAUUUCUAUCAUCCCCUAUCAAAUGAUACAAAGUUAUCUAGUAAUAAUUGCUAACAGUACAUACACACACACACACACACACACACACGCGCACACACAUUUGUAUAAUUUUCAAAUUAUAAACUGUUUUAUCGGUCAUUUCGUAGUUGAAACUAGCGUAUAAUUAACAAUGCACUGCAAGCGUGUAUUUUAAGGAAUAAUAUAUAUCGAGUUUAUUACGAAUGUUUAUUUUUAAAAUGAAUAAAUCAACUUUAC